UGAUGUUAAAUAUCUACAGCUGUUAAGAAGGUCAGAGUAACUAUUGGCUCGCUACUCAGUUAGUUUUUGCUAAACGUUCGUAAUGCAUGUGGCCAUUUGCAAAUGACGCACGAUCAAAUCUAUCCAGCCCUGACCACAAAUUAUUCGAAAAUUUUCCAAAUGCAAUCAAAGCUGUGUUGACGUACCAGAUUACUAAUUUUCCAGUAAAAAAAAAGUGGACAUCGUUGUAUCGGGCUGCUGGUUUAGCUGAAAUAAGUGAGGAAAUAAUAAAUAUCAGUAUCGGAAUACCUACUAUGAAGACAACUGAAGAUAUUGCAUAUGUUAUAUGUUACUUUAAACCUAACAUCACAUUAUACCAGAAAAUGCUGAUAUUAUGUUGGGCGAAGACCAAGAACAUGUUUUUCUAUGAAACUGUAUUGAUGACUUCAUUUCUAUCAUGGUUGAUUAAAUACAGUCGGUGGUUGGCGAGAUUUGCAAUUGAAAAAUGUAAUAUUGCUUUAAAUACGUUUGACCAAAAACUGAAUUCGAUUGAUUCGGAAGUCGACGGUCCGAAUAAUAGAUGUGAAGUUAAAUGUGAGGUAUUAUACGACCCGGGAAUCGAAUCGACUUUCAUGGACGUAGUUUUUAUACACGGACUAAAGGGUGACAAACUCAAGACUUGGAACCAAGGUGUGUGGAAACAAGUGGAUCAGAAACCCGAACCUGUGGUCGUCAGGAACACCGGAUUAUCUACGAUAAAUCAAUUUGAAAGAUUGGCUAUCGACGAGGAGAUCAAAGAGUUUACCAAUUGUUGGCCCAGAGAUUGGCUGCCACUGGAUUGUCCAUAUGUCCGAGUUAUAGCGAUUAGUUACAGCACCGACCCUUAUUUGUGGAGACCUAUAUGGUUAAGUAAACCAGAUAGAACAACCAUGAACGAUAGAGGAUUGGAGAUGAUAUCACUUCUAAAAAAUGUACACGUCGGACAGCAUCCCAUUACAUGGGUUGGUCACUCUAAAGGGGGAUUGUUCAUAAAACAAAUAUUAGUACACGCUAAUGAAAACCAGCAUACCCACAAAAUCAUAACAAAUACCAGAGGAAUAUUAUUUUAUAGUGUUCCCCAUAAUGGAUCUCCUCUAGCCAAUAUAAAACUUCCACUGUUUAAACGAUCAAUUGAAUUACAAGAAUUAGUAAAUGAUUCACAAGAUAUACAGAAACUUCAGAAAACAUUUCAUGAAAUAAUGAAUAUUAACAGUCAAAUACAAGUGAAGAGUUUUAUUGAAACCAAGUUAACACUGAUGAAGCUAAUUUAUUUAAGAAUUGUUUCUGUACAGUCUGCAGAUCCAGGAUUUGGAGAUUUAUAUGGUGUUCCGUUGGAUCAUCGAAAUAUUUGUAAACCAAAAAAUCGGAAUUGUUUUCUAUAUCAAGAGCUGGUUAAUAUGAUACAAUCAUUAAAGCAAUCAACAGUAGAAGAAACGGUGGAAAGAUUGUUUUAAAUAAUUUAUAUUAUACAUACCAAAUUUAAACAAGAGAUCAUUAUACGUCAUAAAUACCAAUAUGUCAGUUACAAUAAAUUAUAAAUUAUUAUUUAACAAUAUUUUUAAUGUAAAACAAAACAACUAGUUCAGAAUAAUAAAUUAAUACUUUUAA